GAUGCUUUGAUUUACACGUUUCUUAUGAUGUGCGUUUUUCGCGAGUUUAUGUGUGGGAAUGAAACUAUUGAUGAAUGGGCGUAUCAAUGGAAUCAAAGUUUACCAAUUUUUCCUGAGUGUGAAGUCAAUAUUGUGUUUCCUAUAGCCCUUGUUACCUUCGCGGUUUUCACGUUUCUCCCCUAUUUUAUUUCACUCGUAGUUUCAAAAUCUAAAUCUAGUCGUUUACCAUCUUGCUUAUACUUGUGUAAAUUGGACCUAACUUUUCUUUGUUUGAUUUUGAAUGCUAUUCGCGUCCUUUAUAUUGUAUCCGAAACAAGAGACUUCUUUAUUGGAUCAUAUAUCGGUUCCUUGUCUAUUUCUGUUUCCUUGCUUUUAUACAUCGCUGUACUGCACUAUGAGCGCAAACGGAAUUCUUUGAACUCCGCAGUUUGCUUCUUCUACCUAAUAUUACUGAAUUUUGUGUGGAUAUGCAGAUGUUGGAACCAUACUGUGUUUUAUAUAAAGCACUAUUCUACGAUUCCAAUUAUAUCAUCAUCGAAUAUUACAACAACUGAUUAUAACACCUCUACUACUCUCCCCGCUGAGAAUUCUUCGAGUCCAGUUACUUGGAGUGAGGAAAGUUUUGUCCACAUUUUGGACUAUACAAAUUUGCUUGUUUCAUUGAUCAUUUUCAUAUUGAAUUGUAACUCAGAACGUCACCAAUGCUUGAAAAAGAACAAAGUUAUUCUAAUUGAUAAACAUUAUCCAAUAGUCGGUGUAAAUUAUGAAAGCGCUGAGAUUCAUGAAAAAGAUAUUUUGAAACAGUCAACUGAUAAUCAUGAAGAAACGUUCAAAGAUGAGAAUUUAGAGUUACAAAAGCUACAGGCAAAAUCUCCUGAAAAGGAUUGUUCAUUCUUAACACGAAUAACCUACGCUUGGUUUACAAGGUUGAUUGUAAAAGGAUUUCGUAAACCACUGGAAUUCAAAGAUUUAUGGCGAUUAGAUUCAGAACAUCGUUCAGCUUACAUUUCAAAAAUAUUCUUAGCCAAUUUAGACAAACAUUUAGUGCCUAACAAGACAGCUAAUUCCUAUCUUGAAAGACGUCGUACAUCCAUGGGGAACAGUGUUUGUGAUCCUAAUUUAGAAUCAUCAGAGAAUGAAUUACGGCGCAAGUCGGCACAGAGUAUCCUAGGCAUUGGUCUUCCUCAACACAACAAACAUUUAUACAAGUCUGGAUUGACAAAUAAUUAUGUAGAUGAGACAACAACUGUUCGAAGAGCUAGUGAAGGCUUUUAUUUACUUAAUAAAGGAUCACUUGACAAGUCUUCGUCAUCUCUGCUUAACAGUAAUAACUGUGAUGUUAGUAAUCCAGAUCUACUUCCAAUAAAUAAUCGUUUGGAACACAAGGUUGGAUCUACGCAUUUAACUGAUAUUGAAGUUCACUCAAAGUCUGAGGAUCCCCCAGUUAGUGCAAUUAAAGGUCAUGAAAAAGAUGCACCUUCAAGACGAUCUGUACGCAUACGUGUUGGUCCAAAGCCGGAAUAUAUUCCAGAAUUGUCAGAAAGUCAUAGUGAUUCAAUGAUUUUUACUCCAGCAAAUGAAAACUCAGAGUUUUGUAUGAAGAAAGUCGGGAACAAAACAGCACUGACUAACAAUAAUGCUGUUUUAAAGAAUGACAAUCAGUCAGUUGAUCAGAAAAUCUCUCUGUCGGAAUUCAAAACAAAGGGUGUAAGAAGUUCAGUUGAAUUCGAUGUAUCUGUGAAACCUCAGUCGAAAUUCAAACCUUUCCAUUUUUGUUUUAUCAAUAAAAGAAGAUUUGGUCUUAUAGGUGCAUUAUUCGCCACUUAUGGAAAAACAUUACUGUGGUCAGCAUUUCUAAAGUUGAUAUACGAUAUUCUAGUGUUUGUAAAUCCGAUAUUAUUAAAGUUAUUAUUAAAAUUCCUACAGAAUGUUCAUUCAGAACCAAAAUGGCAUGGAUAUUUAUAUGCUAUAGCCAUAUUCAUUGAUACAAGUGUACAGUCACUUAUACUACAAUGUUAUUUCCAUGUUGUCUUCAGUCUUGGAAUGAAUAUAAAAACAGUGAUUACUGCAGCUGUCUACAGGAAAAGUCUAAGAUUGAGUAAUAAAGCCCGAUACAAGUCGACCACUGGACAGGUCAUGAAUUUAAUGUCAUCCGACGCCCAACAGUUUGUUCAACUUAUGCCAUUUAUAAACAUUUUGUGGUCAGGACCAUUUCAAAUAACAAUUUCCAUGGUAUUGCUUUGGAGAGAAUUAGGCCCUGCUGUUCUUGCGGGUGUUGGCGUUUUGUUACUCCUGUUGCCUAUUAAUGUUCUGGUUGCACGUCGAUCGAAAUUCUUUCAAGAGAAAAAAUCUUCAAAUGCAGAUAGCCGAAUUAAGCUGAUAAAUGAACUAAUGAAUGGUAUACGAGUUUUAAAACUCUACGCCUGGGAACCAUCAUUCAUGAAGGAGAUUACUCGUAUCAGAAAUCUGGAAGUUAAAUAUUUACGCAAAUUCACAUAUUUACAGUCCAUUUCAUUUUUAUGGCACUGUUCGCCAUUCCUGGUGGCGAUUUCCAGUUUCGGGGUGUAUAUAUUAACUUCGGAGAAAAAUAUUCUGGAUGCACAGAAAGCAUUUGUCUCUUUAUCUUUAUUUAAUAUCCUUCGAUUUCCGCUAUUCAUGUUCCCGAUGAUCAUAAGCAGCUUAGCACAGUGUCAUGUUUCAGUUGGGCGUUUAACUAAAUUUCUAGCCAGUGAAGAACUUGAUUCACAAUCCUAUUCAAAAGAAGAUACACCUGGUGUAGCUGCAGUAAUUGAACGAGGAGUAUUUGGUUGGGAUCCGGAAGAUGAACCCACGUUAACUAACAUAUCCAUUCAGUUUCCUGAAGGCCAGCUAACUACAAUCAUGGGUAGUGUUGGUUCUGGAAAAUCAAGUUUAUUGCAUGCCUUACUUGGUGAUAUGGAAAAUUUCAAUGGACGAGUUAAUGUUAAGGGUACAGUGGCCUUUAUCCCUCAGCAACCAUGGAUAUAUAAUGCCACCCUUCGGGAUAAUAUUCUUUUUCAUCGUCAUUAUGAGCCAGCUCGAUAUCAAAAAGUGUUACAGGCUUGCAAUUUGAUCCCAGAUCUGGAAAUGCUGCCUAAUGGAGAUUUGACUGAAAUUGGAGAUAAAGGCAUUAAUUUGUCCGGUGGACAAAAACAACGUGUAAGCUUAGCUAGAGCGUGCUACGCCGACGCAGAUGUAUAUCUUCUGGACGAUCCAUUAUCAGCUGUUGAUGCACAUGUGGGCUUACACAUUCUUACCCAUGUGUUAAGCCGUUCUACUGGUAUGCUGGCCUCCAAAACAUGCAUCCUGACCACCCAUAGUCCUAAAGCUCUUCCAUUCUCCGAUCGUGUUGGCCUUCUUGUUGAUGGACAGUUAGUUGAACUGGGUAAUUACAGGCAAUUACUGCAUUCACAAACAAGUCGUUUAUCUGCAUUCUUGGUGACAGCUAUACGUGCUGAGUCCGAGAAUCGAUCAGAUUCACCGAAAGACAUAGUAGAUGGCCCAUCAGUUGAACAGAUGGAAGAUGUACAGAAAGCAAGUAAUAUAUUCCUUAAUACUGACUCACAAGAACCGCUUUCAUACCUGUCUGUACAUUCAAGUCCAACAUCUCAGCUUCGUCAAAGAACUCAGUCGGAAACUCAUAGUAUAGAUCGUCACAGUAAUAUACGAUUUUCAAACUUAACCUCAACAACAAUGUCUCAAAAAUCAGAAAGAUCAUCUAUAGCAGUUACUGAAAAGAAACAUGUAUCUGAAGAAGAGCAAAAACCCGAUCCACAUACAGCUCAACUAGAGAAAGCUCUAACUGGUCGAAUUAAACUCCAGGUGUUUUUAACAUAUUUUAAAAACAUUGGUCUCUUUUAUGGUUUAUUAAUGCUAAUAUUUUACCCGGCUAAUCAUCUUGCAUCAUUGGGAGGGAAUUUGUGGUUAGCUGAUUGGUCGAAUGAUGGUGUUAACUAUCGAAAUCUAACUGAUCGUCUGCUGAAUGCAUCCAGUUGGACAGGAUCAAUAAAAGACUCACAAUAUGAAAGUGAUAUACAACAGUUUUAUGCUCAACGUAAUUAUCGACUUUCGAUUUAUGCACUACUUGGAUUUGUUCAAGUUUUGUUUGCAAUGUGUUCCAUAUAUACUUUGGCUGUUGGUCAUUUGGGAUGUGUUGUUCGACUGCAUAGUCGACUAUUGAGCUAUGUGCUGCAUGCACCAGCGACAUUCUUUGACUUGGUACCUCAUGGUCGUAUUGUCAACAGAUUUUCGCAAGAUAUUUCAACACUGGAUAAUCCUUUAAUGGUAACACUGAAUAGUACACUGAAUUGUGCACUGACUUGCUUUCUGACACUGUGUAUUGCUUGUACACUUAAUGCAUUCAUGAUCAUCCCAAUUUGUUUGCUUACAAUACUCUACCUCUUGAUUCAGAAUUUAUAUGUAACCAGUUCAAGGCAACUGAAGCGUCUAGAAUCAAUCAGUUUAUCGCCGAUAUUUUCACACUUUUCUGAAACACUUUCUGGUGUUGACAGUAUCCGGGCAUAUAAACUAACUGAGACGUAUAAAACAAUCAGUUCUACUCGACAAGACUUAAACAAUUCAGCAGUUUAUGCUUCAAUUGUAUCUCAGAGAUGGCUAGCAGUUUUAUUAGAACUUGUUGGAAAUUUAGUUAUCUUAGCUGUAGCUAUACUAUCAGUUUCUGCUCAAGGCUAUCUAUCAGCUGGUUUCUCCGGUUUGGUAAUCACUUACGCGUUAAGUUUAAAUCAAACUCUAAAUUGGCUUGUACGUAUGUUUUCAGAAUUGGAGACAAAUAUUGUCUGUGUUGAACGAAUACACGAGUAUUCUUCUAUAGAACAAGAGGCACCAUGGGAAUUGGAUUGUAAAUAUUUACCAGCUAACUGGCCUGAAGGUAGAAUUGAGUUCGUCAAUUAUUGUACAAGAUAUAGGCCCGAGUUAGAUUACGCCCUACAAUCAAUUAGUUUCACGGUUGAAAAAGGCGAAAAAUUGGGAAUCGUUGGUCGCACAGGUUCUGGAAAGUCUUCACUUGUACUUGGACUGUUUCGUAUGCUUGAAGCAGCUGAAGGUGAAAUUCGUAUCGAUGGUUUUGACAUUUCUAAACUGGGUUUACAUGAUCUGAGAAAUCGAUUAACACUGAUACCUCAAGAUCCUGUUCUCUUCUCAGGUACACUGCGUUUUAAUUUAGAUCCAUUCAGUCAUUAUUCAGAUGACGAUAUUUGGAAGGCAUUAGAAUUAGCCAACCUGAAGCCAUUUAUAAAAGAAGCUAAUAAUGGUUAUCUUGGCUUAGAUAUGAUAAUUUCAGAAGGUGGAUCGAACAUAAGCCUUGGUCAGCGACAGUUAGUCUGUCUUGCAAGAGCUCUACUUCGGCAUACAUCAAUUCUUGUGCUGGAUGAAGCUACAGCUGCUGUGGACAUGUUGACAGACAGUUUAAUUCAAGAGACAAUACGUAAAGAAUUUUCAUCAUGCACUGUGUUGACUAUCGCACAUCGAUUGAACACUGUCCUUGAUUAUGACCGAGUCCUUGUUCUUGAAGAUGGUCAAGUUAAAGAACUUGACAGCCCAAAAGUUUUACUACAGAAUAAAAACUCAAAAUUCUAUGCCUUAGCCAAAGAUGCACAUAUUGUGGAAUGAUUGCCUCGAUCUUCGUCUUAAUAAGAAUUAUGAUUCAGAUAACAGAAGUGAUCAUUUACUAAAGAGAAGAACAGCUAUUUAUAAAACUUUGAUUCUAUUCAACAUUCCUUUCGUCUUUAACAAAUAUUUUACAGGAUAAAUUAAAAUGUGAAAUUUUAGAGAGAAAAAAAAACAGUCACGUUUCUAAUCAUGUAGGGUUGAUCAUUGUAUGCAUUAUCUAUUCUGCUUCAGUUUUAUUUCCCAUUUGCGCCGUUUCAAUCAAACAGACAUGUAGGAGUGGAAAACAGAUAAAUGAUAAUGAAAGAUUCCUAUUCUCAAUUUUUACGCCUCGUAGAUUGCAAAUAUAUAUCCAUGCAUGUUUUUUAUCCUUUUUAAUUGCUAACGUACACACACACCAAUGAAAUUUUUCCAUACCCUUUCUCCAUUUGUAAUUAUUGUGUCCACUUUAAUUCCACGUUCGUUCUUGUAUGAUUCGUUGUUGUCGUUGUUUUUUUUCACCUGUGUUAUAAAAUCGUUAAAUGAAUUGUUCUCACUUUGCUACUACUCGCGAUACUGUACCGGUAUUCAAAAUCGGUUAGUUGUAAUAAUUAUUUCACCGUCUUCCUAUUUCCUAUGUGAUGGGCUUCGCAGUGUCCUUCAAUCUUUCAAACAUGAUCA